GUCAUGCAAGCAACGAUGCAAGGAUCAUGUCCUUGAAGCACUAUCCCAUCACCUCAGAGUUGGUCCAGAAGGCAUCGACAGGGUUCACGAUGGCAAUGACGACGGAAGAUGACGCCGCACACGCCUCGUCUGCCGCCGCCGCCAAUCUGAAGGGCGCACACCUGGCGCCAAUGGUUCAACAUUCAUGCCGUCGAGUUCACCUAUCGUCUUGGACAGUCGACCCGCGAGGGCAGGUGAAACCUGGUGCAACUUGUCCGUCGACGGCCGAAGCCGUAGCGUCUGCUGCCAAACGACGGACCGGCCAUGCUCCAGCAGCUCUAUCGCAUGCUCCAGCUCCCCCUCUCGAAUCGCGUGUGCAGCCGCGCGGGAGCUUUCGAUCGGGCUCUUCGCGAGAAUGUCGUGUCGCGCCUGCACAGACCGCCCUAUAUUCACCGUGCGAAGCUGUUGCUGCAGGCGCGCGUCGAACACCGACAUCCGAGGCACGACGGUGUUUCGUGGCGACGGCCUCCCAUAUCCUAGUGUACCGCAGACAGUGUCCGCUCGGAGCAGUCGUCGAGGUCGCUGCCUGGGCGUACAUGUGCAGGCACUCAUCCAGGUCAUUCACGUCUCCUCGCGAUUCAUACCUCGCGUAUACG